AACUGAGGCUAGGUGCGGGUGAUCUUUGGCUGCAUACUCUUGGGGUUCAUAAUAUCGCACAGUUCGUUAAUCCGAUAAUCCAAGCUUGCAGAGAAAUCCAGAUUUAAAUUUCCUUAAGAUUUACUAUACCUCUCACGUUCCUUAGUCGGUGAAAUCCCUAUCCGGUGAAUUGGCUACGGCUCCCGCAGAGGUAAACUGAGCUCAUAAUAUGCCUCGCUCCUAUUCUCGUUCCCGCUCCCAAUCGCCUCCUCGACAUCGAUACCGUCGCUCACACGACGGCCGCGAUGAUCGAAGGCGACGAGAUGACCGUUCUGGCAGAGACAGCGACCGGGAAAGACGGUAUCGAAGAGAAGAAGAAGAAGACGAACGACCGUACCGGCGAGAUGAAUACGACAACAGUCAUUCAGAACGACGGCGACGACGAGAUGGCAGAGAAAGGGGUUAUACAGGGGAGCGGGAGUUAGAAGCAAGAGACCCAAGAGACAGAUCAAGGGGCCCAUCAUCCUCUGCCGCCCCGGACGAACGACUGGCCCGCCGAGCUGCGGCUUCGACCUCGGGAUCUGGAGCUCUCGAACCCUUGAAAGAUAGAGAGGAAGCAAAUUUCAAUACCACCGGCCUCCUCGCCGCCGCAUCAAACACUACGAAUGGCGUUGUCCUCAAGUAUUCUGAACCCAGCGAAGCACGAAAGCCCCCUGGCUCGCAGCGCUGGCGACUUUUUGUCUUCAAAGACAAGGAUAUUGUUGAUACUAUUGACCUCAAUUCCUCAUCCUGCUGGCUUAUCGGGAGGGAUAGGGCUGUCGUGGACUUGCCGGUUGAUCAUCCUAGCUGUUCGAAACAGCAUGCCGUCAUACAAUUUAGGUUUGUCACAAAGACAGGUGAGUUUGGGGAUAAGGAGAGCGGGGUGAGACCGUAUCUGCUAGACUUGGAGAGUGCGAAUGGGACGGGGGUUGCUGGAAAGAGGAUUCCGGAGAGUCGGUAUGUGGAGCUGAGGGAUGGAGAUCUGGUUACUUUUGGGCUGAGUACUAGGUUUGUUGGGUCUUGUUAUAUUUCUUAUGGAAUGUGGCACUGACGGUGGGUUUAGGGAGUAUGUUUUAAUGCUUGAGAAGGACUAGAUGUGGAUAGAGGAGGGAAAUGCGGCGGGUUCGGUCUUUGCUUAGCAUUAGGGAGUUAUUUUUCGGACGCUCAAGGAGCAUUGUAAAUAACGUAUUGUAGUUGAGAAACCGUCAAGGAUCCGUUCAUAGAGUCCUGUCCCUCACUUGGAUGUAGGGGCUCAUUAAAGACCGGAGGCCGACCUCAAAUUAUUUUGGGCGAUUUGCUGGCCGUAUGUUUGUGCAGGUCAUUGUUUUGUGAGCGUCGAGGGUUGAUGUGCUGGGAAUGGGGCCCGGUUUUGGCGGUUGCUGUGGAAAUGCUGGACUCUUCUUGUCAACAACCUUCUGCUGCUACACAAACCAGAAUAGCGGUGGGUAACAUCGGAUGUCUCUCUCCGGAAAAAUUGGAUGGAUGAGUAAAUAAAUAAAAAAAAUCCCCGUUUUAACCAAUUUGGCUGUCUCUGUCACUGACUC